UUGGUCAGCUAUUUUAUUUUUAUUUUUUUCUUUUUUUUCGCACUUUUAUCAUCUCUCUUUUUUUUCUUCACGGGAACAAAAUUUCCCAAAUCACAGUUUUUGUUCUCCUUCAAUUCUUUUGAUUCUGAGAUUACCCAAAAACUUCUUCAUGCAUGUUGACACGAAAAUCACUUAUCACAUAGAUCAAAACGGCAAGCAGUUUGAGGGGGGUUUUGCAAAUAACAGACGAUCCAUCCACCUUCAAACGAUCCAUGUCGAGAGAGAGGAUUAAACGUGAAUUGCCUCCCGUUCAAGAGGUACUUUCCUCGGAUCUGCUUUUCUUUCUUUCCCAAUUUCGUUUUCACAUGCGACAAUCCAAAUUCUUCUCAUCGACAAUCCAAGAUAUGUUACGGCUCAGAGAUUCUCUGAAGCUCUUGAUAACCUCUUUUCAGGGGCAUGCAUUGAACUAGAGCACGGCCUGACUAAUCAAAAUUCUUAUACGGAGAUGGCUUGGGAAGGGAUUAUCAAUGCUUAUGAUGCAGCUCGUGUUUCAAAACAACAAAUUGUCGAAUCCGAACAUUUGAUGAAAGCUCUUCUGGAGCAGAAAGAUGGUCUUGCCAGGAGAAUAUUUGCAAAGGCUGGAAUAGACAAUAGCUCUGUUUUGCAGGCUACAGACGCCUUCAUUUCUACACAACCGAAGGUUACUGGUGAUACCAGUGGACAGAUACUAGGGCCAUCUCUUAGCACUAUCUUACAAAACGCAGAGAGGUAUAAGAAAGAGUUUCAAGAUGAUUACGUGUCGGUUGAACACCUUCUGUUGGCCUUUUAUUCAGACAAAAGGUUUGGACAACAAUUUUUCAAGGACCUGAAACUUACUGAGGAAGCCCUGAAGGAAGUUAUUAAAGCUGUUCGCGGUAGUCAACGAGUUACUGAUCAAAAUCCUGAAGGAAAAUAUGAUGCACUUGAAAAGUAUGGAAAUGAUUUAACUGAGAUGGCCAGACGAGGAAAACUUGAUCCUGUCAUUGGAAGAGAUGAUGAAAUUCGGCGUUGCAUCCAGAUUUUAUGCAGGAGGACAAAAAACAAUCCUGUUAUCAUCGGUGAACCUGGUGUAGGGAAAACUGCAAUUGCAGAGGGGUUGGCUCAGCGAAUUGUACGAGGGGAUGUCCCUGAGCCUCUCUUGAAUCGGAAGUUGAUAUCUCUCGACAUGGGUUCACUGCUAGCUGGUGCCAAAUUUCGAGGGGAUUUUGAGGAAAGGUUGAAAGCAGUACUGAAGGAAGUAACUGCUUCCAAUGGGCAGACAAUCUUGUUCAUUGAUGAAAUCCACACUGUUGUUGGUGCUGGAGCUACUGGUGGAGCAAUGGAUGCGAGCAACCUCUUGAAACCAAUGCUUGGACGAGGUGAACUGCGAUGCAUUGGUGCAACGACACUUACUGAAUACCGCAAGUACGUAGAGAAGGAUCCAGCUUUGGAACGUAGGUUUCAGCAAGUGUUCUGUGGUCAGCCAUCUGUUGAAGAUACCAUCUCGAUUCUUCGUGGGUUAAGAGAGCGGUACGAGUUACAUCAUGGUGUUAAGAUAUCAGAUGGUUCCCUUGUUUCAGCAGCGGUUCUUGCAGACCGCUACAUCACUGAACGCUUUCUGCCAGACAAAGCUAUUGAUCUUGUCGACGAAGCUGCUGCAAAGCUGAAGAUGGAGAUCACUUCUAAACCAACUGAACUCGAUGAAAUUGACAGAGCUGUGAUCAAACUGGAGAUGGAGAAGCUUUCUUUGAAAAACGAUACUGAUAAAGCUUCUAAAGAACGGCUACAGAAGAUCGAGAAUGAUUUGACCAUGCUCAAAGAAAAACAGAAAGAAUUCAGUGAGCAAUGGGAGGAAGAAAAGUCUCUCAUGACCAAAAUACGUUCAUUUAAAGAAGAGAUUGAUCGAGUGAACCUGGAAAUUGAAUCAGCUGAACGUGAUUAUGAUCUAGAACGUGCUGCUGAACUCAAGUAUGGAACACUUAUGUCCCUCCAACGUCAAUUAGAAGAAGCUGAGAAGAAUCUCACAAAAUUCCGAGAGACAGGACAGUCACUACUCCGAGAAGAGGUAACCGAUCUCGACAUUGCAGAGAUAGUAAGCAAGUGGACCGGUAUUCCACUAUCAAAUCUUCAGCAAUCAGAGAGAGAAAAGCUGGUCAUGUUGGAACAAGUGCUCCACAAGAGAGUUGUUGGUCAAGACAUGGCUGUAAAAUCAGUAGCAGAUGCUAUCCGUCGUUCAAGGGCUGGUCUUUCAGAUCCUAACCGUCCAAUAGCCAGUUUUAUGUUCAUGGGUCCUACAGGUGUUGGUAAAACCGAGCUCGCUAAGGCUCUAGCUGGAUACCUUUUCAACACUGAGAACGCAAUAGUAAGGAUAGAUAUGAGUGAGUACAUGGAAAAAUUCUCGGUGUCACGGCUCGUUGGUGCACCUCCUGGCUAUGUAGGUUAUGAAGAAGGUGGGCAGUUAACAGAAGUUGUUCGUAGGAGACCUUAUUCGGUGGUUUUGUUUGAUGAGAUCGAGAAAGCCCAUCCUGAUGUCUUCAAUAUCUUGCUACAGCUACUUGACGAUGGAAGAAUAACUGAUUCACAAGGGAGGACAGUAAGUUUCACAAACUGUGUUGUGAUUAUGACGUCUAAUAUAGGAUCUCAUCACAUACUUGAGACACUCGGCAACAAAGAAGACGGCAAAGAAGCAGUUUAUGAGCUGAUGAAGCGUCAAGUUGUGGACUUGGCAAGACAAACUUUCAGGCCAGAGUUUAUGAACAGGAUAGAUGAAUACAUAGUUUUCCAGCCGCUGGAUUCAAGAGAAAUCUUUAAGAUCGUGGAGUUGCAAAUGGAACGAGUAAAGAACAGGUUGGAGCAGAAGAAAAUAAAACUUCAAUACACAAGAGAAGCAGUGGAUCUUCUUGCUCAGCUCGGAUUUGAUCCAAACUAUGGAGCAAGACCGGUGAAGAGAGUGAUACAACAGAUGGUGGAGAAUGAGAUCGCCGUGGAAGUUUUGAAGGGAGAUUUUGCAGAGGAAGACAGUAUUCUUCUCGACGUUGACCAGACAAACAACAAAUUGGUGAUCAAGAAGCUCGAGAACAAUGCUCCUCCUGUUGAAGAAAUGGCAGCUUGAUCAUAAGAACAAAACUUAGACUAACUCUGUUAACGUUUUAUAACUCUUUGUACACGUACGGAUGAUGAUGUUUAAAAAGGAUUUAUCUUUUGCCA